ACUUUUCUAAACCACCGCCCUGUCCCCAUGACCGCGCGAUUUUGCAACACGUACGUGCACCUGAACGGCUGCAAAGAGGUUUAAACCCCAACACGUGUUGCUUAAUAUUUUCAACUUAACACGAUAUGCUCUCUACGGUGAGGUGCAUGCUGGCCAAGCUCGUUUCUCCAUUGUGGAAAAUGGUUGAUGAGGACGAGGAGAACAUAUUCUCCAAUAGCCCAGGCACCGAGGACAUUCGCCACCUGCGGGGCAGUGUGGUGACGCAGCUUUGUCUAGAUUAUGGCAUUAUAGAUGAUGCAAUCUUCUUUACUCGUGGUGAGGUGUUGGGUGGGAUACCACUGAAAGAGGGAGACCUGGUGAACUGCAUAGCAGUGAGAGGUGGUGCUGAAGGUGGAUGGAAAGCUUUAAGAGUGGAGAAGAGUGCUGAAGCUUGGGACGAUGGAGGAAGAACCUCUGUAGAGUCUGAGAACAUGCAGCUGCGACCUCUCAUUGGAACAGUCACUUCAGUUGAUGGCAGUGGUGGCUACAUAAAUCAGACCACUUACUUCCCACUCUGCAGUCUUUCAAAAGGUUAUUUGCCAGUGAAAGGAGACUUGGUCCAAGCAAAAUAUUUCAUCAAUCCAACCCGGUGGACCACUCAGGCUCAUUCUGUGGCCCCUUUACGUUACAGCCGCCUAGAUAAGGUGCGCAUAACCAGCAUUCAUGGCAGCAAUGGAGUGGUGGAGGACAGUGUUUUCUUCAAUAUGGACUCCCUACUUCUCCCUGCUAACUAUCAGCCUUUGUCAGGACACCUGGUCAACCUGGUAAUGGUGGAGAGCAGUCAGUCCCUCUACUGUUGGAGAGCCCUGUGCAUGGCACCCUGUUUUCAAAGAGGAAGUACGACAUUAUCUGCUACACCCCUUCUGGAAGCUGAAUUACAGAGCAUCUUGAAAAACAAAGGAGGGCUGGAUGUAUCAGACUUUGGCCACUUUGGGGAUGUGAUGAUUGGCGAAAGACGAGAGGCGGUGUUGUGGAUACAAAAUAAAAGCCCAGUGACCCACACGCUAAAGUGUUGUGAAUUCGCUGGCUGGGACUCUGAAGAACAGUUCGCCAUAGUUACUGUCAACAAAUCCACAUCAUCAGGCCAGAAAAAACAAACUUUGCAAGAAAAUGGCUCUGAGUCUUCUGAAAACCAUGUCGGGGUUGCAGGGGAGGUCGACAAAAAUAAUGGUGUGGUGCAGAAAGACACUCUUCUUUCCAAUGGUGUAAGACGGGAGGAAAGGGAAGUGGAAAUAUCACCUGGAGAGAGAGUGUCUGUUGUAAUAGCCUGUCAUGCAAAGGGUCUGGGAAGCUGUGCUGAGCUGCUUCUGCUGCAUUUCUCUUUUUUCACCAUUGGGAGGCGCCUGGAUGUCACAGUGGGCAGUGAGGAUGAAAACCUGCUGCAGCCCUCUGAGCCCUACUUUCCCGGUGAUACCCGCCAGCACUCAAAACCCUCUCAUGUGAUCACUGUAACUGCUCCAAAGGCCCCACUGAGGCUUAGUAAACGACGGCUGCCAAACUUCCUCCCAGGCUUCCCAGUGCCUCAGGCUCUAAGAGACUGUGUAGAAGCACAGACUGAUGUGCUGGUAGUUGUGCCCUGCCUAGGCGAGGUGCUCUCAGCAUCCAACAUGCAUUCACGAUUCUCAGCUCUGUUGUGGCUGGAAGAACUGCAUGCAGAAAGAGAAAUGAGGGAAUUCUCCAUCAGUGGAGCCCUUCUCAGGAAAGGAACCGUCUACCUGCAUCUUGAAGUUGUUGGAUUGGCUGAAGGCAGGCCUUUUCUUAAUAUAGGUGACAAAAUAUUACUGAAGAAACCACAGUGUGAUGGUGUGGUAGUGGAGUAUGUUAGUUAUGUCUCAGAGAUCCAUGAUGAAGAUGUGAGUUUGAGAGUGAACUUGGACUUUCAGCAAAGUUACCUUGGUGAGCCACUUGAUGUUGAGUUCUCUUACAACAGGUUGACCAUCAGGCGGUGUCACAAUGCACUUGACCAGGCAAAGCAUUUUUGGGAAAUACUCUUCCCCUCCAGAGUGACUUGUCAGACCCCUCAGUGGACUGGAGAAUGGGUUGAAGAGGCAGACCACAAGAUAACUGUGGAUAACGAGACCUCAUCUAGUGAAAACAGGGAAGGGUCAAGCAUCUCCAUUGAUAUGAAAACAAAAGCCACACAGACUAAAGGAACAGAUAACACAUUGGCAUCCAAGCUCUUCCCAAGCAAAGGCCACUUUUUUAACCCAGACCUAAACCCCCAUCAGAGAGAAGCGGUGAAGAGGAUCCUGGAAGGAGAAUGCCGGCCGAUUCCGUAUGUGCUCUUUGGACCUCCGGGCACUGGAAAGACAAUCACCCUUAUAGAGGUCAUACUGCAGGUCUACCACUUUCUGCCAGGAAGUCGGAUUCUUGUAUGUACUCCAUCCAACAGUGCUGCUGACCUCAUCUGUAUCCGCCUACAUGGUAGCGGCUUCCUGGAUGCUGCAAGUUUGGUCCGCGUCAAUGCAUCCUGUAGGGACAAGGAGUCUAUCCCAGAAAUGUUACAACGGUACUCAAGGGCUGGAGAAGACAUUCGUCAGGCAGCCUUCCACAGGAUUGUGGUCAGCACUUGCUCCAGUGCUGCCAUGUUCCAAAAUAUAGGGAUACAAGUAGGACAUUUUACCCAUGUGUUUCUGGAUGAAGCUGGCCAAGCAACUGAGCCCGAGUCUCUGAUCCCCAUCAGCUUUGUCUCAGAAAGAGAUGGACAGAUAGUACUGGCUGGAGACCCCUACCAGUUAGGUCCCAUAGUAAAGUCUAAGCUAGCUGCCGCCUUUGGCCUGGGGGUUUCUCUACUGGAAAGGCUGAUGUCCAAUCCACUGUACUGCAGACAGGACUGGGGGUACAACCCUAAGCUGGUAACGAAGCUGAUCUACAACUAUCGUUCUCACGAGGCACUGCUCAUGCUGCCUUCCAGGCUCUUCUACCAGAGGGAACUAUGUUUUAAAGCUCCAAGGUCUAUUGUGGACUCCCUCUGCCAGUGGAAAAACCUGCCUAAAAAGGGCUUCCCACUCCUUUUUCAUGGCGUCAGGGGCACAGAAAUGAGAGAAGGCAACAACCCAUCAUGGUUCAACCCAGUGGAGGCUGUGCAGGUCAUGCUCUACUGCUGCCAACUGGCAAAGAAGCUCUACAAUCCUGUCAGUAGCUCUGACAUCGGUAUCAUUACCCCCUACAGAAAACAAUGUGAGAAGAUUCGAGUGCUGCUGGGAAAGGUGGGCCUCUCUGGCAUCAAAGUAGGCUCGGUGGAGGAAUUCCAAGGACAAGAGUUUCUGGUCAUCAUCAUGUCAACAGUGCGCUCGAAUGAAUCUGUGCAGAGUGAUGAUUUGCAGAGUUCGCUUGGCUUUCUGACCAACCCAAAACGAUUCAACGUGGCUGUUACUCGUUCUAAAGCUCUGCUCUUGAUUGUUGGGAACCCUCAUGUUCUCAUCAUGGAUCCUUGCUUCAGUGCUUUACUGCAAUACAGUUUUAUCAAUGGAGCCUACAUGGGCUGCGACCCCCCUCCUUCCCUAAGACACUCUCAGAUAACUGCAGAGGAGCAAAGCUGUGCAGAAAAAAAAUAAGGCUUCAUUGAUGCUGCAUCUCAACCUAAGAGUCUUUUUUGUGUGUGUGUUUUUUUUCUGUUCUUACUUCCUUGGCUUGUCUUUGGAUUGACUUUUGUCAAAGUUAACUGGCUCACAUUGCUUUGAAUAGAGAAAUAUUUGUAAGAGUCAAAUAUAGUUCCACUGGGAUUAGAAAUAAAGAUGACGCUUGUGUACGCUGCA